UAUUUUUCCUUUGGAACGAGUUUUACUUAACUCAUUCAACCUUUCAUUCAUUUACGGAGCUAGAAAGAUAGUGCUAGCUAGCUGGCUAGCCAUACAUGAAUCAUACAUAUCGCUAACUAGCUUCGUUGUCUAGACUGCUUCCAAAACUCGCUAGUCACAUCACAUCAGUGAUUAGUCAUAUUCAAACCGUAUGACUGAAACAUAAACUUGCCUCCAACAGCUCUAUAUCGUACUGAAGAGCUAACAGUGACACCAUGGCUAUACCCAUAGCCAUCCUGGACUGCGACCUGCUCCUCCACGGCAGAGGACACAAGACCCUAGAUCGAUUUGACAUCGAGACGGUGUCGGAUGAGUUCCUGCUGACAACAUUUGGCUUUCCUCGGGAGUUCAUCUAUUACCUGGUGGAGCUGCUGAGGGAUGUGCUGUCCAGACCCACCCAGCGCUCCCGAGCCAUCAGCCCUGAGGUGCAGGUCCUGGCCGCGUUAGGCUUCUACACCUCAGGAUCCUUCCAGACCAUCAUGGGUGAUGCCAUCGGCAUCAGCCAGGCCUCUAUGAGCAGAUGUGUCACCAACGUCACCAGAGCCCUGGUGGAGAAGGCCCCAGAGUUUAUAGGCUUCACCAGGGACGAGGCUACCAAGCAGCAGUCCAAGGAUGAGUUCUUCCGUGUGGCCGGGUUCCCCGACGUGCUCGGCGUGGUUGACUGUGUGCAUGUGGCCAUCAAAGCCCCUAACUCCGAAGACUCCUCCUAUGUCAACAAGAAGGGUUUCCACUCAGUGAACUGCCAGCUUGUGUGUGACGCACGGGGCCUGCUGCUCAGCGCAGAGACCCACUGGCCAGGCAGCCUCCAGGACAGCUUUAUCUUCUCCCAGUCCUGUGCCAGCAAGCUGCACCAGGAGCAGGACAACCAUGGGGGCUGGCUGCUGGGAGACCGACGCUACCCUCUGAAGAAAUGGCUGAUGACACCCAUUCAGUUCCCAGAAACCCCUGCAGAAUUUCGCUACAACCUGGCGCACGGUGCGACUCAGGAGAUCGUAGACCGAACCUUCCGGGCCAUCCAGACUCGGUUCCGUUGCCUGGACGGGUCCAAGGGCUACAUGCAGUAUUCCCCGGAGAAGUGCUCCCACAUCAUCCUGGCGUGCUGUGUGCUUCACAAUGCCUCUCUGCAGUCCGGCCUGGAUGCCUGGACCUUUGAGAGGACAGAGACCCCUGACCAAUCAGAUGAGGUGGAGGAAAAGCCAGAGGAUGUGGACCCUGAGGCCCUUCAGUUCCGCAAGGAGCUUAUACUGAACCACUUCAGCUAGCAGGACCUGGUCGCGGCUGUGUGCUGUUCUGUUGCCAUAUAGAACCCUAAAUGGUUCUGCCUGACCUGAGCAAACUUUAUUGCAGAGAACUCUUAUGUUCCUACAAAUGGUUCUAUAUAGUCCUCGUAUGUUUUCAGAGUGUAGGAGUCCUGGAUGUCUUCAUAUGUGAAGCUUCAGCAGGUUGUUUGUGGAGCCAAGAACUAGACAGGAACUGUUUUGUCUCUGAGCAAGUAGGAUCAGAGAUUCCUCUAGACAUAUUUAAAAGUACUGACUGGGAGUGUACGUUAUGUGGUGUGUUUUGUAAAGAGUUGUUGUUUGUUGAUGAUUGUGAAUAAAGUGCCUCA